AUGAGUGAAGAGAAUAAUAUUAGAAAGGGACCAUCCUUUGUUUUCCACGAUAUUAAGAAAAAGAGGAUGAGAGAAAUUAUACUUAUGUGUAAUAAAAAGAAACAAAAGAAGAUGCUCUUGAAAAGUUUAAAUAUUAAAUUUAUAUAUGAAGAAAAAAAUAAAAAGAGAGUAAAAAUACAUGUUGAUAAUUUUUUACCAGUGUCAAUAAAUAGUGAUAUGGAAAUAAUAAAAAAGUAUAAAGAGAUUUUAUAUGAUGAUAAUUAUUGUAACAUAUAUGAUAUUAAUAAAUUAAAAAUAGGAAAGAUGAAAAAGAUUCUUAAAGAUUUUUUCUAUGAUAUAUUUUUAUUUUGUGUAAGUAAAAAUUUAACAAUAAAAGAGAUUUCUACCUUUCUGUCUAUAAAGAAAUAUAUUUUUUAUAAAUUUAUAUAUAAAUGUCAGAAUAUAAUAAAUCUUUUUUUGGAAUAUAAACAAAUCAUGUUAUCACAUUGUAUAAACAGGGUACCUUAUUUUAUAAAGGUUUUUUCUUUUUCUUCUCUUCAUAUAUUAUUAAAAUAUUCAAUUCGUAGCUUCUUUAAAAAUUAUUCUUUUUAUAAAUAUAUUUUUACCCCUAACUAUAAAAUAUGUUUCCUAUGUAUUCAUAAGAAUUCUUAUUAUUCGGAAAUAGAAAAGGAAGAUACGUCACAAAUAUGUUUUGAUGAUGUAUCGACAUGUCAAGAAAUCAAUAUUUUAGGGUCUGAAGAAUAUCUAAGGGGUUUGGUUACAUCUAGCGUUGGUUUUAUUGAUAACUACGAUGAUAAAAAUAGGGGAAAUAAUUUCUUGGAGAUUUUUCAAAAGCAUAUGAACAUAUUUGAUAUAAAAAAAGACGAUGUACAUUUCAAAAUAAAUAAAUAUGAGCAAAGAAUAGAUAUAGAAAAAGCGUUUAGUCAUAUAAAAAAUAAUAUAUUACAAAAAUAUGAUGAGAGGAGAAGGGAAAAAAAAAAGGAUAACGACAAAUUGAUAAGAAGAGUCCAAAAUAUGUAUGAUGAUGUAGAGAAUAAAAUCAUGUCUAGUUUAAAAAAAAUAUUGGAUAUUACAAAUUACGAUGAGGAGCGAGAAAAAUGUUAA